GUCGGAAAGUAUUCAAACAUAGGUUCAGACUCGCUCCAUUUCGAGAGAGAGGACUAUAAACAACAUUAGGAGAAAAAGCACAAUUUGUUGUUGUCUACUUUUGCAAACGCAAUGACCUCGUUGGUGAAUGCGUCUGAAGAGGACAUUCCUCACAAAUUUAAGAGUAAACUGAAUGAGCUGUUCAAAGAUGCCAUAGAUGAGGAACCAAUGUGUGACCCCCACAACCACAGAGAAGACCCUGGUUUGAAAAAGAUUUCAGAUUCAUCUACACCCAUCUGUGUGACUAUGAGGGGUGAGUCUAUGGAUCACCCAUGCAGCUUCAAAGAAAGAGAUGCUCAGGUUGAUCCAAGUCUGAUUCAUAGACAGAGACCAGAAUCCUAUUUAUCCAUGAGGAGUGAGCUAUCUGUGGAUGAAGAAGACAACCUUGAAGAGGAAAACACUUUCACUAACCUGAGAAAGAGAUCAGAUUCAUCUACACCCAUUAGUUUAUCUAUGAGGAGUGAACAGUCUAUGGAUAUUCCAUUCAACUUCAGAGAAAGAGAUUCUCAUAUUAACCUGAGAUGGAUUAACAGAGAGAGACCCGAGUCACAUUUAUCCAUGAUGAGCGAACAAUUCAUUGAAGAUUCAGACAGUUACAGAGGAGACACCACUGCUGACUUGAGUCUAAGUCAAAAAAAGAGAUUAACAUUCAGUCGUGCAUCUAUGAUGAGUGGUCACUCUAUGGACUAUUCAAACAGAGACCCUGAAAGUGAUUCAAGUAUCCAACUGAAGAGGUCAGCAGUUUCCAGAGUCAAGAGUAUUGAUUCCAUUUUCAAGAAGGUUGAGCUAAGAGUCAUCUCUCUGGUGAAGAAUGAGCUCAAGCGGUUCAGGAACCUGCUGAGUCCAGAUUGCUCUGAGCGACAGAUGAAGGAAGAUGAGGAUCAGAGUGAUGUCAGAGAAGGAGCACUGAAGAUCACACUGCAUGUCCUGAAGAAAAUGGAACAGAUAAACCUGGCUACUAUUCUACAAGCGAAAAUGGCACCUUUUUAUCAGCGAAAACUGAAGUCAAAACUUAAAAAGACAUUUCAGAGCAUUAAAGAGGGAACUGCAAAGCAACAAAAUUCAACACUGAAUGAGAUCUACACAGAGCUCUAUAUCACUGAGGAUGGGUAUGGAGAAGACAAUAAUGAACAUGAAAUGAAGCAGAUUGAGGAGAUAUCCAGGAAAAGAGUAACACAAGAAGCAGCUAUAAGAUUGAAUGCCAUCUUUAGCCCCUUACCUGGUCAAGAUAAGCCGAUCAGAACUGUACUGACUAAAGGAGUUGCAGGAAUUGGAAAAACAGUCUCAGUGCAGAAGUUCAUUCUGGACUGGUCAGAAGGAAAAGCAAAUCAGGAUGUCCACUUCAUAUUUCCACUUCCUUUUAGGGAAUUAAAUUUAUUCAAAGGGAAAACAUUUAGUCUGAAGGAUCUUCUUCAUCAAUUUUUCUCCGAAAUGGCUGAGUUGGCAUUAAUAGGCUGUGAUUCCUAUAAAGUCUUGCUCAUCUUUGAUGGUCUGGAUGAGUGUCGGCUUCCUCUAGAUUUCCAAAACAAUGAAAGAGUGUGUGACAUUACAAAGAGAAGCUCAGUGGAUGUGCUGCUAACAAACCUCAUCAGUGGGAAUCUGCUUCCUUCUGCUCUUCUCUGGAUAACCUCUCGACCAGCAGCAUGUGGUCAGAUCCCUCCUGAAUGUGUUGACCUGGUAACAGAGGUACGAGGGUUCAAUGACAUUCAGAAGGAAGACUACUUCAGGAAAAGGAUCAGUGACCGGAGCCUGGCCAACAGAAUCAUCACACACAUAAAGUCAUCAAGAUGCCUCUACAUCAUGUGCCACAUACCGGUCUUUUGUUGGAUUGCAGCCACUGUUCUAGAGAGAAUGCUGAGUCAAGCAAAGAAGCAAGAGAUCCCCAAGACUCUGACUCAAAUGUUCACACAUUUCCUGAUCUUUGAAACCACCCAGUGGAGUCAGAAAUAUCAUGGAACACUGAAACCUGAUUCAGAUCAAAUUAAAGAGAAUAUUCUGGCAUUGGGAAAACUUGCUUUUCAACAGCUGGAAAAAGGCAACUUGAUGUUUUAUGAGGAAGAUCUGAGAGAGUGUGGCAUUGAUGUCAGAGAAGUGACAGUGUACUCAGGAGUGUGUACACAAAUCUUCAGAGAGGAGUUGGGGCUGCAACUGGGGAAGAUAUACAGUUUUGUGCAUCUGAGUGUUCAGGAGUUUCUUGCUGCCUUAUACGUGUUCAUGUUAUUCAUCACCAGUAGCAGGAAAGAGUUUGAAAAACAAUUUCCUGGAUUUGUUACUUCCAUUCACAAGCCAACAAUGUCUGAUUUUCUCAAGAGUGCAGUGGACAAGACCUUACAAAGUGAGAAUGGACACCUGGACCUUUUCCUCCGUUUCCUUCUGGGUCUCUCACUGGAGUCCAACCAGACUCUCUUGCAAAGCCUGCUGAUACAGACAGGAAGCAGCACGCACCAAGAUGAAACAGUUAAAUACAUCAAGAGAAUGAUCAAGGAAACCCCAUUUCCAGAGAAAUCUGUUAAUCUGUUCCACUGUCUGAAUGAACUGAAGGACCAUUCCCUAGUGCAAGAAGUCCAAAUGUACUUGAAUAAAAGUGGUAAAAAUCAUCUUACCACAGUCAGCCUGUCUCCAGCUCAGUGGUCAGCUUUGGUUUUUGUGUUGCUGAACUCAGAAGAUGAGCUGGAGGAAUUCAACCUUAGUUAUUAUGAUCCAUCAGAGGAAUGUUUCCUGAAACUGCUUCCGGUGGUCAAAGCGUCCAGGAAGGCAAUCCUGAAUGGUUGUAAUCUCACAGAGAAAAGCUGUGCAGGUCUGGCGUCAGUUCUCAGCUCAAACUCCUCAAAUCUGAAAGAACUAGACCUGAGUACAAAUAAUCUGCAGGAUUCAGGAGUGAAGCUGCUCUCAUCAGGACUGGAGAAUCCACACUGCAAACUAGAGAUAUUGAGGCUUUGUGGCUGUAGGCUCACAGAGAAGAGCUGUUUAACUCUGAGUUUCACUCUCAGCUCAGACACAUCAAGUCUAAAAGAGCUAAACUUGGACAAUAAUAAUCUGCAGGAUUUAGGAGUGGAGCUGCUGUGUGAAGGACUGCAGAAUCCACACUGUAAACUGGAAAAACUGGGGCUGUGCAACUGCAACAUAACACAUGAAGGCUGUGUUGUUCUGGCUCCAGCUCUGAAAUCAAACCCCUCACACCUGAGAGAGCUGAAUCUGGGGAUGAAUCAAAUAGGAGAUGCUGGAAUUAAGAUGCUCUCUAUUCUACUGGAGGAUCCACACUGUAAACUGGAGAAACUAGAGCUAUUUAACUGCAAUAUUACAGAAGAAGGCUGUACUGCUCUGGCUUCAGCUUUGAAAUCAAAUCCCUCUCACCUGAGAGAGUUGGACCUGGACCACAAUAAUCCUGGAGAGUCAGGAGUGAAGCUACUCUCUGCUCUACUGGAGGAUCCACACUACAAACUGAAGAAACUAGACUUCUACACCUGAUCUUGUAUGAGCCUCAAGGAAAGGGUCAUGCAGCUGCCUAGAGAUGUAACCCACCAACUAUCCAGGAAUACAACCGAUUUUCAAUUUAAAUUUUAGAAAUUUAGCAUUUGUAUUGCAUGUGGAAUUAUUCAUUGAUUGUGAUCAGUUAUCCCCUUAAAUGCAAUGGGCCCACUGGUGGACCUAAAGAUUUAUUACACACUUCUAUAACCUAAGAAUAGCUUAACCAGUUUGCACUGAAGUCCAUGUAGUUACUGAAUAAUAAGUAUGUAAUAAGACAUUAAAGGGUUAAACAAAAAAGUUGUACCAAGACAAAA